UGGAGAAGCAGUACCAGGGACCGCCCCGCCCUCCGUCCGGGGCUCCGCCAGGGUGUCGACAGAAGAAUCAGCUCCGCCCCCGGACUCCCCCCCAGAGUCUGUAGAAGGGUCCGCCCCGCCCUUGGCCGCCUCCACUCCUGUACCUACGCCCAGCGAGAGUCUCUACCAGACCAUGGCGAGUAGAGAGAAGACGAGUAUCGAGGGCCACAUGUUUGACGUAGUCGUGAUAGGAGGCGGCAUCUCAGGAUUGUCUGCUGCCAAACUCUUAGCCGAACAUGAAGUUGAUGUCUUAGUUUUAGAAGCACGAGAUAGAGUUGGAGGAAGAACAUACACCGUGAGGAAUGAACAUGUUGAUUACGUAGAUGUUGGUGGGGCUUAUGUAGGACCAACUCAGAACAGAAUCUUACGACUAUCUAAGGAGCUGGGUCUAGAGACUUACAAAGUGAACGUAAAUGAGCGUCUUGUACAGUAUGUCAAGGGAAAAACUUAUCCAUUCCGAGGAGCCUUUCCUCCGGUAUGGAAUCCUAUCGCAUAUUUGGAUUACAACAACCUGUGGCGGACAAUGGAUAACAUGGGGAAGGAGAUUCCAGCAGAUGCACCAUGGGAGGCCCCACAUGCCGAGGAAUGGGACAAGAUGACUAUGAAAGAUCUUAUCGAUAAAAUCUGCUGGACAAAGACUGCUAGGAGUUUUGCAUCCCUCUUUGUGAAUAUCAAUGUGACCUCUGAGCCCCACGAGGUGUCUGCGCUCUGGUUCCUGUGGUAUGUGAAGCAGUGCGGAGGUACCACUCGGAUAUUCUCGGUGACCAACGGGGGCCAGGAACGGAAGUUUGUGGGAGGAUCCGGUCAAGUGAGUGAACGGAUAAUGGAGCGCCUCGGGGACAGAGUCAAGCUGAAGCGCCCUGUCACCUAUGUUGACCAGUCAGAUGACAACAUCAUCAUAGAGACACUGAAUCAUGAAAUUUAUGAGUGCAAAUACGUGAUUAGUGCCAUCCCCCCAACUUUGACUGCCAAGAUCCACUUCAGACCAGAGCUUCCAUCAGAGAGAAAUCAGUUAAUUCAGCGUCUUCCAAUGGGAGCUAUCAUCAAGUGUAUGAUGUAUUACAAGGAGGCCUUUUGGAAGAAGAAGGAUUACUGUGGCUGUAUGAUCAUUGAAGACGAGGAAGCUCCAAUUUCAAUAACCCUGGAUGACACCAAGCCAGAUGGAUCGCUGCCCGCUAUCAUGGGCUUCAUACUUGCCCGAAAAGCUGACCGACUUGCCAAGCUCCAUAAAGAAAUAAGGAAGAGGAAAAUCUGUGAGCUCUAUGCCAAAGUGCUAGGAUCCCAAGAAGCUUUACAACCCGUACACUAUGAAGAGAAGAACUGGUGCGAGGAGCAGUACUCCGGGGGCUGCUAUACCGCCUACUUCCCCCCUGGGAUCAUGACUCACUACGGAAGGGUGAUCCGCCAGCCAUUUGGCAGGAUUUUCUUUGCUGGCACUGAGACGGCAACACACUGGAGCGGUUAUAUGGAAGGAGCUGUAGAGGCUGGGGAACGGACAGCUAGAGAGGUCUUAAAUGCUCUCGGGAGGGUGGCAGAGAAAGAUCUGAAGACCCAGGAACCUGAAUCAAAGGAUGUUCCAGCUAUGGAAAUCACCCAUACCUUCUGGGAGAGGAACCUGCCAUCGGUGACAGGCCUGCUGAAGCUCAUUGGAUUUACCACAUCAGUAACUGCCCUGUGGAUUGUGGCGUACAAAUUCAGGCUGCUGAGACGAUCCUGAGUCUUCAGCCCCACACUCUCUGCUUACUCUUCCCCAGCACCAUCAAAAGCAAAACGUCGACAAAGGCUGUGUCAUUGGACCAUCUUUAAAUGCACUGAUUUAAGUUUAGUCUCAGUGUCAUAAGUAAAAUCAACCCAAAGAAUCACCUCAUUAAUUUCAAUAAGAAAUUAUGUUAUUUGCUCCAUCAUGUUAUUUGCCUGGGUAGACUAACUUGUAUUGGUUGGUAGAAUAAAACCUGUGAUUAAGUCCUUGAUUUCAAGAUGUCUAAUUGAAGUGCUGAUCAGAAACCAUUUCUGUGUCCUGUUUGUCUCCUCUUUAACACGAAAUGCCUGGUUGAUAGCAGAAAUGAAGCAUUUCGCUUUCUGUGUGUAGUGGUUGAGUAGGUGAAGGCCCAGACUGUGGCUGUCCUUUCCAGUCCUUAGGAAAUAGAGAAGUGUAGGUCCAGGGCCCAGGGGCUCGCAGCUUCCUGGGGGUGAGCGGCUCGCCCUUUGGAUGAGGAGUAGUACUUUAAAGCAGUGGAGGUGUAGACCAUUGAGGGAUGUCUUACGGACUGCGCCUCAGGGGUCUCUUGGCCACUUCUAAGUCCUGUGAAGUUUCUAGACAGCUAAUCCAAUGUUUCGUUUGACUUGCUGUGAUUUGUGUGUAGCUCUCCAGGGGAGCAGAGUAAAUUAGUGGCAGGGCUAUUUGCGAGGAGGCCUCCUGAUGAGCUCCACAUGACACCAACUGCAAGAGGCAUCUUCUCCUCCUCCUGGAGGAUGGCUAGACAUGCCUUCUCUCGCUAUCGUCGAUAACUUUCUCUGCCAAUUUCAAGAAAGCACUUUCCUCCUUUCAGGUAGACCUUGGCUGUCUGAAGGCCCCUAGUGGCAUAUUUUUUUUUUCUUUUUCCUUAGGACCAGAAUAGAAUUAGGCAGAUCUGUUAACUAAAAUGACAGGGUUACCUUUGAGUAAAUAUUAGCAUGCUGAUCUCUCUCAAAUAGGAACUGAAAUACACAUGAUGAAUUUCUGAUUGCUAUUUGUUGAGACUAUCAAAUAGAGAAAGGAAAGUGGGGCUUUAUAUUAUAACCUCACUGGCUUCAAUUAAGUUUAUAACAGACAUGAAAUUGAGUGAUUUUAAUAUGAAGACUGAGUUCUCUAUUUGAGGAAUAAAGCAGGCCCAGAACAGUGCCCGCAUCUUUCUGGCCUCUCCCAUUUUAAAAACUCAGAUUUUUUAAAGCUCCUUCCAGAGGUUUCAGCCAUAAAAGACUACUUUUUUUUUUUUCACAUAAGCGUCUGGGGGAAAAAACACCAAUGUGAUCAAAUAAAGCAGUUGAUAAGAUUCAGUGGAUCUGAGUACACAGGUGGAUAGUAGUAACACCCUAUCCCACAUCACGGAUGAAUGAGGCAUUUCAUUUUAGAUAGCUAUACUAAAAAUUGUAAAUAAAAAUUUUGAUGGGCAUACAUCCACACAUUCAACAAGCUACAUUCAGAUUCACCUUUUUAAAAUCAUCAGGUCAAUCCUUAUGUGUCUUGAUUAUUUUAUGUUUUAUAAGAAAGUGAUACCAUUGUGUUUGCCUCUCUGCUGAAUGUCAUAUGAUUGUUUUAUAGCUGAUGAAUUUGUUUCUCUUAUACUCCCAUAUUCAAAUUUUUAUUUCAUACCCUUAUUAUCUCCUAAUGCCUCUUAACCUAAUCUGUCUUCUGUUGAAUGGGAAUGAUAGAUUGCCAGAGAAGAUCAACCCAAGUUUAUUACAUAAUUAGCCUUACAAAUUCACAAGUCACUGGAUCCUGAUAAUGAGGGCUUAAGGUAUUUCAGUUUUGCCUAUCCUAAGAGCAAAGAGCAUGAUUUUUCUGCCACUGUUUACUUUUUAAUUGAAAAGUGUUUUAGCUAACGUAGGAGUUUGGGCAAUGUCUUGGAUAUGCUCCAGUCCAUAAGGAGUUGCCACAUAUUAUAUCAAACUGCUCAGAGAAAUCACAUCCCUGAUCUAUGUCAGUUGUUUCUGUUCACUUACUGAUUAACUUGUUUCUGACACACCUUUUGGGAAAUGCUGAUUUAAACUUUUUAACUGGCAACAGUUUUAACAGUAAGGAGGUUGUUAACAGAUCUAAGUCUCUAAUGUUGAAGGACUCUUGAUUUACCCUCUUCUCAAACUUUUUUGGAAAACCAAUUAAUUUACCCUAAUGAGAUCAGCCCUGUUAAACUAUAGAUUAAGCUUAAAAAUGGAUGUUAGUUUGGGUGUGCCUAGAUAGGAAAUCAGAACUGAGAACUCCCACCAUUUUAUUUGUCCAGCACCAAGAUAAUCCCAUAGGUCUUUUCUUCCCACCCUAAGAAACUAAAGGCAGUUGAAGCAGCUGAGAGAACCUGGCACCUCCUUCACAGUCCUGAAAGCAGCAUUGGCCUCACUCCACAGGAAGGUCAAGAAUUAGACUUAAAAAGGUAAUCUUUUUGUCACAACUGUUCAAUGAGGACCUGAACCACCCUGAAGAGAAAAUACCGAAGGAUUGUAAACUGUUUAGUUUGAUUGUGAACUUGGUGCUGGAUGUUCUGUCUGAAAUGUGCCCAAAUGCUACAUGUGGGAGUACACAUCUGUGCGUGUGUUGCCAUUGAAGUGAUGAUUUUUCCUGUAUGGUACUGUUUUAUUUGUUAAUAAAGUGCACUACCAUCCCUGA